AUGACCACACCAGUGAAGCGACGCAACUACACCGAUGAGGAGGAUCUGAUGCUCCUGCGCCAAGUCUCUCUCGAACUGCCGUUUUUGGCGCGCCGUGGCCUCAUCAUGGACAAGUGGACGGCUGUAGCGCGGGCCCUUGUCGCGUCCGACGAGUUUACACGCACCGACCUCGAUGCCAAGAAGGCGAACAACCGCUUUAAUGCCCUUAUUGACAGCCACCGCAAGCACAACAAAGAUUCAGAACGAGCAUCCGGGGUCUCCGAGGAAGUUUCAGAGAAGGUCCUUCUGUUGGACGACCUUCUCGCUGUAUUCGACGACGCGAAGGACGAGGAGGCAAAGCGUGUUGUAUCAACACAAAAGGCCAACCAGCACAUUGAAAACUUGGGCAGCAUUGUCCGCGACGAAGCAAUGAUGUCGUUGGGCAAACGAAAGCAAGCAUGCGAUGUCGAAGGUGCUGUCGGUGGCGGCAGCAACAAGGUGGUCAAAAUGAUGGCUAUUCUCAAUGAACAGGCGAAGUCUGACCUAAAAUUUAAGAAGGAAAAGCACAACAGUGAGAUUGAAGAGCGUCGCCAAGAUCGUGAAUUACUGCUGGGGCAUAUUCGUCAGCAAAAUGAGGCGAUGCAAAAACAACAAGAGUUAAUGCAACAACAACAGGAGACGUUGUUAAAAUUGAUGAGUGCCAUCAUUAAUAAAAUUUGA